AUGGUUGUUGAACUGACUUCUUCGACAACAUAUUCAUGUAGUUCAAGUUCUUCGUGUGGUUGUUCAACCAAUUCAGCAACAUUAGCACGUAUUGUUGGAGGAGAAGCAGCUGCUUCGCAGACUUGGGGCUGGGCUGUGUCGCUAAAGAUUGGAGGUUCGUUAUGUGGUGGAUCAAUCAUUUCAGCUUCAUGGGUUCUUACAGCUGCUCAUUGUGUUUCGGGAGCUAGCGCCAGCCAAAUCACUGUUUACGCUGGUUCCACCUCAAGAUUGACCGGCACUCAGAAUCGAUCAGUGUCCUCAGUCACAUCCCAUCCAAGCUACAAUGCGGCUACCUUUGUCAAUGACAUCGCUCUUCUUCUACUGUCGACUCCAUUGAAUAUGACUGAUCCAGCUGUCAGUACUAUUUGUCUUCCAUCUGUUAGUUCUGCCACAUUAUCAGCUGGUGAAUGGCCUCCGGCUGGAACAACAGUGGUGGCCGUGGGUUGGGGCCGAUUGAGUGAAGGUGGAUCCAUAUCAUCGACACUUCAGCAAGUGACAAUGCAAACGGUUGAUCGUCAAUCAUCAACAUAUACGUGCCAAGGCGAUUCCGGUGGUCCUCUGAUGGCAUUCACAUCGAACAAUCAGUGGGUCCUAGUCGGUGCGACAAGUAGUGGCAUUGGUUGCGCUCAAGCCAAUUAUGCUGGUAGUUAUACGCGUGUAGCGGCAUAUCAGUCUUGGAUAUCCACGACUACCGUUGGUCAAUAUACCAGUUCAACAUCAUCAAGUUUGAUCUCGUCAACAACAGAAAUCGAUUUAACGGCCAAAUGUGCAGCACCUGCUCACUUUCGAUCGACUCUAUCCCUUGAACUGGUUUCCGCUCUAUUAUUUCUUUAUAUCAUAGAAUCACUCCGUAAUCAAUUGACAUGA